UUAACUCUUCAAAUCACGAGAGCGCUCUUGUUAUGGUAACAAAGCUAUCCGCAACACGCGUCUUUGCUCUCGGAAGCUUGUCACUGUCCACGUCCCCCAAUAUUUGGAGCAGCCAGCGCCGUUUUUAUUUACAAGACAUCCUUUCUUACAAGAAACACGAGAAAAUAAUCAUGUCUAAUAAACGAGUUCGCAACCUAAACGUCGACGCGGAAGUUACGAAUAGUAACUCCGAACAGGUCGCAACACGACGCAAACGAGCGCGUUCCGCAGUUGAAGUUGAAGACAACGACGACUCCGGUGAUUACCUCGACUCACCAGAACCCUUGGAUGUGGAAAUGGAGGAUGUCCGGCUGUCUCGGGUUGGAGAACCAUCGAUAUCGGAAGCUUGUGACCUUACUAUUGUAGCAGAAAUGGAAAGAUGUCGGCUAAAGAACAAACCUACUAUCGGGAUGACUGCUGAGGCUGGAGUUAUCGAUUCAAUUGAACUA